GGUCCAAAUGUGUUUUUACGGCGCGAAUGGAGGAAAGUAAUUUGUCACAUGUCACAUACCAAAAUAUACUGCGAAAUGUAACUCAAAGAUUUGAAGACAAGCUAAUAUUUGAAGAGAAAUGCACAAGCCUCCCCAAGUAACAACUGCCACACAACAUGACAAUGAACAACAUGGGAGACAACUGGCAAGAUAUUACAAUCACAGAGAUUACAGAUCCUGGCAACUUCCUGGCCAAAGAAUGCCCGGGAAUGAACAUGUCAAAGGAAUGUCGCCAGUUCAACAGAAUGCAGGAUCAGAUGAACCAGUUUUUCAGCAAUGAGCAAGCCGUGACCACCAUUCCACCCCAGCCUUCUGUGGGGGAUGUGUACGCAGGGAAGCGGCAGAGUGACAGACAGUGGUACCGCGUGGAGGUGGAGAGGAUCAUGCAGACAUCCAGGGGACCACAGGCUUCCUGCUACUUUGUGGACCACGGUGAAUCGGAGCUGAUCCCUGUUUCCUUCCUGCGACAAUUACCAGAUCAUUUUUGUGAAGUGCCCAGGCAGAUUCAGAAGUUUUCCUUAUGGGCUAUUGAGCCAGUGACCCUCACUACCACCAUUGAAGAUGGGGAUAUCAUGGCAACAAAACAAAGGUGUAGAAAAUGGGACAUCUCUGCUGUUGAUUUCCUAAAGAGACUUGUGAAAGAUUCGUCAAGCACGAAGGUUGACAUCCAGCACCAGGACCAGGAGAGGAACACUGUGUACGUGAAGCUGUACCUCAACACUCCAGAUGGGCAGAUCUGUGUGAAUGAUCAGCUCGUGGAGCUUGAGUAUGCGGCAAAGACCGUCCCCAAAGUACACCAACCAGCUCUCAAUGCUAGUGAGGAAAUUGUCAAACCAAGACGACAGAAGAAGAAAAUGACCCAAGAAGAUUAUCUCAGGAUGAUUGAAGACGACAGGUUUAAUCACCAAAACACUGAUUCAGACAGUAGUCACAAAGCCCACAGUGACCCACAAGUCCGACAUAAGGUAUACAGGAAGACAAUAAUAUAUGACAGGAGUCGAGAUUGUGAGAGUGACAGUCCAGUCCGACAUCGGGGAGCCAGGUCCGACAUGUUCAUGUCAGACACUGAGCAUCAUCAUAACACCAGGUCAGGGGGAUCACUGCUGCAAGUCAGUCAGAGUGACACGGACCUACCCAGGGGCUUGCUGAACAGCAGGCCACACUCUGGGGGACGGGGGAAAUGGCUGGAGGGAGGGGAUGGAGGGCAGGGAAACAUUAGUUUGAAUAAACUGAUGAUUGAUGGUGCUACCGGUGGAUCUGAUAGACUUGGAGUGGUGUUGACAGGGACUUCAGGAGAUGCAAACUCCUCGUCUUGUUUCGGAAAGAAUGUGAAAGGUGCUGAGUCUAAACAUUGUUAUGAGAAUGCCCUGUCUGACCCUGGCCAACCCAAGAAGAUUAUGUUAGGAAGGGGGUUUUCCUUCUUAAGCACCUCGUCAGACUCGGACAGUCCUGCUAAGAGAACAUGUGAUACCAAGAUUUCUUAUUCUAGUCCAAACAAAACGUCCAGUGCCUCUAUGCGUGUGGGGAUGCCAGUUCUUGAAACUCAGAGCGGAGACUCGGACACAAACUCUCUAGCCAGUUUAAUGGGUCUGAAACCAGUUAGAAGUAGCCCAGGCGGCGCAAUCCCAGACAGUUCUAGUCAAAGCGAUAGAAAAUCUACAGAGGCCCCCCGAGAUGAAAAUUUCUGUGAAAUAUUUGUUCCAUCUCGCCUCCCCAAAUGUGCAAUGGUGUCUUCCCAGUCCUGUUCUUCCAAGUCAGAGUCCCCUGAGAUGAAGCUUGGGUCGAUCCUGAAGAAGUCUCCCUCCCCAUCUACAUCAAGCCUAGAAGUAAACACUGUCAGAUUCUCCAAGUCAGGAACACAAGAAUGGGUUCGCAAAAAAGGCAAAGAAGAAGGGAGAAAAUUGCUGCAGAGCCUGUCAGCAGGUGUGGGCAUGAGGGAUCAUAACAUAUCUACAAUACCCCAGAUGAGUCGUCCAGAUCGUUUGGAACACACACCGUUCUUGGGGGUCGUGUAUCAUGGGGUGUCACAACCCAGUCCCAUCCUGGACUUCACCAAUCUGCCCUUUACAGAACGUGUUAAACAGGCAUUCCUGAAAAAGAAAUUCACAAGUCCGAUGACGAUUCAGGCGUACUGUUGGCCUGCUGUGCGUCGAGGCCGCCACGUGAUUGGCAUCUCGCCACCAGGGACAGGGAAGACAUUGGCAUAUCUGCUGCCAUUGUUGACGCAGCUCUCCGAGUCCAAGCCAUACAUGCCAGUGCCUGUUGGAAAUGGACCCUAUGCCCUGAUACUCGUCCCGUCAUGGAAGAAAGCCCAGAAUGUGUUUGAUGCCUGCACAGACUACCUACAGGGGCAGAAAAUGCCAAGAGUUAUUUCCAUCUUCGCUGGUGGAUGCGAAGAUUCAAAAGUGGUCCCACUGAUUAAUGGUUGUGAAGUCCUUGUGGCCACACCACCUUGUCUUCAACGCAUGAUGGAAAAGAAGUACACAAACCUCAGCCGUCUCUGCCAUCUUGUGCUUGAUGAUGCCGAAAUACUUACCGAAGUGUUCAAGUCUGAGGUUAAGUAUAUAAUGAAAACGUAUGCUGACGUUGUCCGAGAAUCUACCUUGAAACGAGAUGUUCCGCGUCAGAGAAUGGUGUUUGCGAGCCAGUGGACCAAGGGAAUCGACUCCUUCAUAGCCGCCUACAUCCAUCAACCCCUACUGGUCAUCACGUCCAAGAUGGAGGCGGCUGUGUACGGCCAAGUCAAGCAGAUUGUGCACAUGUGCAAAUACGAAAAUAGGUCCUACCAGCUGCGGAGCAUCUUAGAGGGCAUCGGGACGCCUGGCAACAAGAUAAUCCUUUGUUCAUCUCUGGUUGAGGAAGUGGAGAUGCUGUAUGGGAUGUUGACGACCCAGAGCAUGCACACCUUAGUCUGCCAUGACGACAUGUCGCUUUCGGACCGUGACGACAUGUACCGGCAGUGGCACAACCUCAACUCCAGGGACGCCGCACUCAUCAUGGUGAUGACAGAUGAAUGUGUAACGGACAGCAACAUCACCGACGCCACACAUGUCAUCCACUACAACCUGCCGAAAUCAAAAACUAGGUUUGGCAACAGAAUGGCGUGUAUGCUGAACUUUUUCUAUGACUUCUCCAAGCCUCAAGAGUCAUCGGUCACGCCAACAUCCUACAUAUUUGUGACAGACAGAAACAAGAAGGAAGUGAAGAGCUUGGCCAGCUUCCUGGAGCGGAGCAACAGUGAGAUUCCCAAGGCCAUGUCAAGCUACAUGGCCGGCAUGCAGAUGGGAGAGAACGAGGAUGAAGACAAGGACCUCUGCAGACACAUCAAGGCUUUUGGAUUCUGUGUGAACAUCAACAAGUGCCAGUAUCGACAUCGUAUCCUUCCUGUCAGUGACUGUCCUCGUGGCCGGGGAUUCAAAGACCUGCCCAGAACUGGGGAAGUCAAGGUGAGGAUGAAUCACAUCCUUGACGCCAACCACUACUACGUGAGACUUCUGGAGCACCGGGGAGAACAGAAGACCGACCUCAACGGCAUUUACAUCUCACUCCUCUUUGACAUCGCAAGCUUCUUCGCUAACAAGAACAACUGCAGGUCACAGUCGAUGGCCAAGAAGGGGGAACUUUGUGCCAUCCGGAGCAACGAACAAGACUUCCAUAGAGUGGAAAUCCUCAAAAUAAUGGAGUCUGAAGGGCUCCAAACUCCCACAGCAAAGGUGUGGUAUGUUGACGACGGCAAGACAGAAAUUGUUGAUCUGUGCAAGCUCCUCACACUGCCAGGCCACCUGAAGGAAGUCCCUUACCAGGCUGUGGAGGUGUACCUGUGUCGUGUGAAGCCCAUGGACAAGGACUCAGAGUGGACACCCAGGGCCAACAUGUUCAUCUUUGAGCAGCUGGAUGAGAUCACGGAGCUGGAAGCAUGCGUUGUACUCAGCUUCGGGAACACCCUGUGGCUGGACCCCCUAGUCCAGAGAGUUACCAUGGAAACCAUUAAGAUGACCACCAACCAUAUGCGAGUCCGAGAUGAGCUGCUCAAAAAUGGCCUUGGAUCUAACAACCCCAAGCACAUAGAGCAGCUGUACCAGCUCUGUAGGGAGUGCCAGGUGGAGGUGCCCAGAGAACUCCUGGCUAAAUACCUCUCAGGAUAUGAGAAGACAAUUGACACAGAGUCUCUGCCUGAGGAUCAAGAAUACCACGACAUCUACGUGUCGGCGGUCGUCUCACCCGAUCUCAUCUUCGUGCAGCGCAAAGAACAUGUGAAGCAGUUCGAGGAGAUGCUGGACGAGAUUAAUGACAAGAUGGCCAAGGUUGAGAUGGAGUUUGACAAGGAUUUGUCUCUCUGCCCGGGGACAUACUGCCUGGCUCAGUUCACACAAGAUGACAGGUGGUACCGAGGACAGGUCAUUGAGAAGCUGUCUAAUGACCUGUACAAUGUCUUCUUCUGUGACUUUGGUGACAAUGACAGCUUGUCCCCUUCCCGACUCUGCCCUCUCCCAGACAAGUACGCUGGCCUUCCUUGUCAAGCCAUAGCAUGCAAGCUUGCCUAUGUGGAACCAAGGGGAGACAACUGGGACAAUAAUAGUGGCGAUGCAUUGUGGGAUAUGACACACUUUUUGACAGGGGAGAAGAAACUCCUUGUAGCCAAGAUAUUGUCCAAGUCUGCUGAGACUUCAAGUGGAUCCUACAAGUACACAAUCGACCUGCACGACACCAACUCCACAAUGGACGUCCACCUCCCCCAGGAGCUGGUGUGGAAGAGAUACGCCUCCUCUCCGAGUCUCAAGGAUUUGAUGCCCAAGCCUUUGUCUGCAAGUCGAAAGAUCUAUGACAGCCCUGUGCAUAAACUCAAAGAUCUGUGUGCUGCCAUCUACUGGGGCGAGAAUGAAGAUGUGGUUAUCAAGAAGAGCAAAGAGGUUUCCACAAUUGUCACCUCCCAGAACAAGACAAGUGCUGUUGAGGCCAUGGUGUCCUGUGGUGGAGCCGCUGCCGUGUGUCGGCUCAUUGGGUAUCUGCGCUGUCUUGAAGCCCACCAGCACAUCGUCCAGUCUCUCACACUUGCCAUACUCUUCUCACCAAGAAUCUGUGAAGUGACCAUAGCUGAAAAUGUGCCACAGAUGCUUGUUAGGUGUUUGGAGCAGAGUAACUUCCCAGCGCUCCACAAGCAGGCAGCCAAGGCCAUCUCGAGACUGGUGACUGUCAGCAGCUACAAGGUGGCGCUAGAGAGGGCUGACGCCACGACAACGCUGUGUGACCUGCUGGAUGUCACUGACAACUCACAGAUACAGGGCUUGUCUCUCCAUGCCCUGGCAUGUCUCCUCAAGGAAUCUCAAAGUGUAAGCCAGGCUGUGAUGGAGACGCCAGUGUGCAGGAAGGUUCCGGACUUGCUGAACGGGGAAAACACGCAUGACGUCAUCGAGGCGGCCCUCACCUUCCUGGCAAGUCUGGCACACUGGCAGAAUGCCCACUCUGAGCUGAAGAGGGACGUCCUAGUGGAUGCCGUGAUACAGAGGCUGGAGGACACCAGGUGUUGCAAGUGUGUCCACCAGGUGGUGCUGCUGUGUCACCAUCUUGCACAGGCAAGUCGCAAGAACAAGACGCUGUUGUUGGAGCACAGGCUUGUCAUCGUGCUACAGGGUGUCCUGCAGCGGGACCUGGAGGACCAUACAACAAGGAAACUGUGCCAGGAACUAGAGGCCUCCAUUGCUGUACGGUUGCCCAAGCAACAGCAGACACUCAAUCAUUCCAGGCUGCUCUACGACGAGGAACAAGACACAAAUUAUGUUGCUGUGAGCUGGUACCAGAACACCUUCCGAGUCGUCCUCACUGUCAGACUGAAGGGAAUCUCCCGGGAGGACUUCACCAUCUCUCACCAACAUGUCACUUUCAGAUCAUCAAAACACAACAAAUCUUUUGACUAUGAGUUGUUUGAGGAAAUUCUGCCUCAGAAGACGGACAUAGACGUCCACGAGAACCAGACUUCCGUCUCCCUCAAGAAGCAGAUCAAGGGGAAGUGGAGCCGUCUGCUCCGACAGAAACAAAAGCCCAUUGGCCUGACGGUGGACUUCGAGAAGUUUGUCAACUCCGACUCGGAGGUGUCUGAUGAAGAUGUUCCCUUCCUCCUCUCCAGGCGGAGAGAGAGGAAGUUGCCGGAUUGCUCCAAGGGGCAGCACAGGAAGCACAGGAAGCCCAUAGUCAUGGAUGAUCUCGAGACCACCUCGGAGAACACGUCAGACCUCGCCUCGUACAGCGACGAUGAGAAGAAGGAUGAUGCAACCUAUGACUUCCGGUAGAGGAAACAUCCACCGAGAGUUCCACUGAUUGAUUAAACAGCCACACGGUGUCAACACGAGGCAUCCACUGAGAUCUACAUUAAGUGUUUUAACAGCCACACACUGUCAACAUGAGACAUCCACUGAGAUCUACAUUAAGUGUUUUAACAGCCACACACUGUCAACAUGAGACAUUGACUAAGAUCUCCACUGAUUGUUUUACAACAGGAGGUAUCGCAGAUGACUCAUCAGGUGGUCACGCUCCAUGACUUUGGCUAAUAGUGUGUCAUCAUAUCCCAGCAGUGUUGCUCAUGAUGUCAACCGCCGGUUUGUCUGGUCCAGACUCGAUUAUUUACAGAUCACCGUCAUAUAGCUGUAUAUAUGACUACAACCAAAGACUAUUCAUUUACUGCAUGUAUAUAUGACUUGGAAUUUUCCCCAUGUGGACAGAUUUUCUCCUUUCUCUUGUCAUGUUUUGAUCUGUUUGAGAUGAGCAGAAAGACAUUCUGUUUGGUAGAAAGUGCAUACGAAAGUGCAUAAUUCCCUCCUUUGUCCUUGAAACAUGAUUGUGAUAUUGAGUAUCGGUAUUGUUGUGCAAUGGCAGUAUAUAUCUGUGCAGUUGGCCAGGUUUGUUCGAGUCUGGUGUAAACACUUCCUGUUUCAGGUCAGGCCAGGCCACACAUUUCUCAUUUUUCGUUUCACGGGCCUCACCCCUAUUGAAAACUAUCCAGUCCAGAAAAAAAGUAAACAUAAAAAUAUUUAUUUUUGUUAUGUUUCCCGCUAGUAAUAUAGACCCUCUUAUAUAAUAUGAAAUUAUAUACUGUAAAUCUUGAAAUUAUCGCAAGCGUGAAUUAAAUGCGAUAAAUGCGAGUUGUCUUUGCUUGCAUUAUUAAACAUCGCAUUUAUAUCAACAAUAAGACAUUUUGGGUAGCAGAAAUACCAACUUAGAUUUAAGCUGAAAACAAAUAACUAUGUAUUCCUCAUCGCUAUUUAUUGAGCAGCUAACUGACUGACUGAUAUAGGAGAUUUAACGUGCGCUUUCCGACUGUAGCGUAUUUCGCACACGAUUGAGCAGCACUUGUAACAAGUAUAUAAACAAUGUCAUUCAAACACUAAU